AUGUUCAGAAAUUAAGUUUCUUUAGUAACAGUUGAUUUAAAUCUGAGACAUUGUGAUUCGACGGACUCGGCUAUUUUUUUUCGUCAGAUCAAUACCUUUGAUUCAACUGACUAACUGCAUAAUACAUGUACAUUCGAAUGAUAAACAUUGCAAAUUAUAAGGAAAAUAUUAUAAUAACAUGAUUUGGUAAUGGGAGAGGGGUUAAAAUCCCAAUUUUGCAACUGGAACGUUUCUGUAGUUUUAUGAAGGUCGUUAGAAAUGAAACAUACAAACUAGACCUAUGUCUAUACACAGACAAGGGAUGGGUCAUUAUUGGACACUUGGGGUUCCGACCCCUUGUUAUAAAGUGCAAUCCCGUGGGUAUCCAGGUUAGAAUAGGUCCUUUGUACCUCUUGCUUGUCGUAAGAGGCGACUAAAUGGGGUGGUCCUUCGGAUGAGACUGCAAACACUGAGGUCCCAUGUCACAGCAGCUGUUGGCACGAUAAAGAUCCCUCCCUGCUCAAUGGCUGUAAGCGCUGGACAUAGGCCUAAAUUUUGCAGCCCUUUACUGGCAAUGGUGAUGGUGACGUCUCCAAAUGAGUGAAAAUUCAUGAAAGGGACGUUAAACAAUAUAAAAUUAAUCAUCAUAAAGUGCAAUAUCAAUAAUAUUUUUUUAAUAAAUGAUCCGGAUUAUACAUCAUCACGUAAAGACGGAAGUUAGCAUAUGCUUACAGGCCUAAACGGUAAAAAAAAAAUAUAAAAUACAAACGCAUGGGGAAAAUAUAUUUCAAGUCAUUUAAGGGACAACUUGAGCCCAUGAUUUGUUUGAAAUUUAUACAAAAAAGUGAAUAGAUAUGUCAUUAGUGUUACAGUGUAUUUUACAACAACGAUUAAACGCCGGAGGAGGCCUACAUGUAUAGGUUUGAUUUCCUAUACUUGUGUGCAAUUUUAUUUUCAUUUAUUCAUCUUUUUUUUUAUCAAUGCAAGGUGAAGAUAACGAACAGUGAUCAAUCUCAUAACUCCUAUAAGCAAUACAAAAUAGAUAGUUGGGCAAACACGGACCCCUGGACACACCAGAGGUGGGAUCAGGUGCCUAGGAGGAGUAAGCAUCCCCUGUUGACCGGUCACACCUGCCGUGAACCCUAUAUCAGGCAAGGAAUCAAACUAAUGAUGACAAAGAAAGGAAAGAAAAACAAAGUCGCCACAUCGGAAUCUGUGUCAUUUGUGGAGGAUACCAAUGAAUUGAGAAGCCUGGGGAAGACCGUGAGGGACCUCUCCAACAUUUCUAUCAUUUCUCUCUGUCAGUCUGUCCUUAAACAGCAACUGACUAAAGGAUUACCAACUCAAAGGCAUACAAACAAUGAACCACUUUCAGUUCAAGGAUUUGAUCAAGAAUAUAGGCAGCUGUUAGAUCUUGUAAGAAGGACAGCAACAUCAGGAGAAAGUAACUCUGUUCUGGUUAUAGGACCCAGAGGAAGUGGCAAAACCACAGUGAUGAAGAAUGUCAUUGCGAAGCUUUGGUCUGAUGAGCAAAUUCAAGAAAAUCUACUACAGGUUCAUCUUAAUGGUUUACUGCAGACUGAUGACAGGAUUGCCUUAACGGAGAUCACCAGACAGCUGAAACUGGAAAAUACGCUGGAUGACAAAGUCUUUGGAUCGUUCUCAGAGACACUUCAGUUCUUAUUGGAGGCAUUGAAGAGUGGUGACCAAAGCAGUAAGCCAAUCCUGUUUAUACUGGACGAGUUUGACCUGUUCACCCAUCACAAGAACCAGACAUUGUUGUACAAUCUGUUUGAUGUAGCUCAGUCUGCUCAGGCUCCAGUCUGUGUGAUCGGAAUCACAUGCCGACUGGAUGUUGUUGAACUUUUGGAGAAGAGGGUGAAAUCCAGGUUUUCACAUCGUCAAAUUCAUCUGUUCAAUAACCAGACAUUCCAAGAUUAUGUCAUCAUUUUUAAAAAUCUACUGACAUUAGAUACCCAAUUUCCGGAUCAGACCUAUGCUAGCCAGUGGAAUCGUCAUGUGGAGCGAAUUUCCAGAGACCCUACUGUCCUUGAUUUAUUGCAACAACAUUUUACAUACACGAAAGAUGUGAGAGCUCUUCAACAGCUUCUGAUGUAUCCAGUAUGUCAGCUCUGUGACUCGUCACCCACUUUAUCUGUCUCUGACUUUGUGGAAUCGAGAAAGCUGAUUACCAUGGAUUCAAAGUCGGCCAUGUUACAUGGUGUGUCUAUUCUGGAGCUCUGUCUGAUCAUUGCUAUGAAACAUAUGACUGAAAUUUAUGAAGGGGAACCUUUCAACUUUGAAAUGGUAUACAGUGAAUAUUCAAAAUUUGCUCAAAGGAAAUCUUCAAUGCAAGUGUUUGAGAAGGCAGUUGUACUAAAGGCUUUUGAGCACUUGAUCCAUCUGGAACUUGUGAAAACUGUGGAUGGAGCUGGUAGCCGGGUUCAGAAGGAGUACCGACUAAUGCAGAUGUUGGUACACGAGACUCAGAUCAUGGAGGCCCUCCAGAAGUACCCCCAGUGUCCCACAGAUGUCAGGCAGUGGGCGGCUUCCUCUCUAGCUUCAUGAAAGACAGUAGUAAAUAAAUUGAAGAAAUUGUGUCGUGUGUGUUGCAGAGCCAUUGAAACUGUUCCCGAGGUUUCUCGAAUGACAAUCUGCUGCCCAUGUUGCAGCAUAUUUGGUCUACAUCAGAGGAGGACAGUAAAGAUGCAAAAAUCUGCAUGUACAUUGGAGAUUUUCAUAAAAUUCUUCAUUAAUUCAGUUAUUUCAUUUAAAUCUGUUCUUACUAAUGUGAUUUAUUUCAUUUUUUUUUUAUUAUUAAAUAUCAAAGUACAAAUAUACUAAA